AUGUUCAGUUAUUUUGCAGUGCCCCCUCAGGGCCAUGCUGGGUCAUGGCAAACACAUGUAUCAAUGUCAAUGGUCCAGCACAACUCUUAUCCACCCCCAUCUUUCCCUCCCGCUCAACUCGCUCAUAAAGUGUGGAUACUGGACUGUAAAUCUUGUGGCACAUUUCUCACCAAUCGCGGUAUGAAGGCUGUUUUGCUGCUCAGACCUAAUGUCUCUCUUUUUUCCACCGAUGCACUUCCAAUAAAUUGUUCCGCAUACACGUCAAAUCCGGACGCUCUUCGCCCACCGCCCUGCCGUCCAUCAAUUAAUGCAUCUCCCCCUCGGACGUGCGAAUGCCUGACUCAGACUCUCUGCUGUCAUACCUGCGGUACAGCCGUCGGCUAUAUGAUUGUGAUUCCAUGUUCUCGAUGUACGUCGUCAAUUACGGCGACUAAUCGCGCGACCAAUGGUCAUCGCUUCGUCUUCCAUUCUAGUGAAAUCCUUGCAUCGGAACGAUAUCAUAUCCCUGACGAACCAGGGGUUAUCCCAAUAGAAUUCACAGCACCUAUUUCCCCUCCUCCUUUGACGUCCGCUUAUUCUGCGCUAUCUUCUGUCGAUGGUCCCCCUUCCUAUCAGCGUAUUUUACACCCAUUCCCAUCCCAGUCUUCCCCUUCCCCCACCUUGUCCCAUUCGUCUUCCGAAUCUAUUCCCACAUCUAUCUCAGAGUACGGGGACCUGGGCUCAACACCACAUCCAUCCUCAUCCGAUCCAUACUUAUUCGCAACACCAGCUUCUCCUCGGCGUUCCCCACGUCCUUUACCUCGGUCUCCAUCCCCUCAUACAUCGGCAUCGCAGCCGAUGCGGUCUUCGUCACAACCAGGUAAUCGGGAGUCCGCGCCCGAGUCAAGUGGAAUGCCUGUUGAAUCGCCUGUUCGUCGGCUGAAGGCGGGGGAUGUGCUCUAUUGGCACCACCUCGCUAAGAAUGGCGAGAUCCCAGGGGUGCAAGAAGAUCCGCGUGCCAGGGUGCCGAAGAAGAUACAUGGACCUAAAUUCUCGGGCCGCUGA